AUGUCUUACAUUCUUUUUCUACCGACCGAGCUCCUCAUCCUUAUCCUCCUCGACCUCGAUUACAUUCACAUCCUCUGCUGCCGUCGUGUUUCCAGAGUGCUGCAGACCGUCAUCGACGACGAUGUCCGCUUCCAAUACAAGAUCGAGCUCGCCAUCGCCGGCAUGGACGACGGCCCGCCCGGCUCCCUCAUGGCGUCCGACCGCCUUGCGAUGCUGCGUGAACGCCAGAAAGCGUGGCACUCGAUGCAAUACCGGGGGGUAGAAGAAAUACCAAUGGGCAGAGGCGACACCUGGGAGCUCUAUGGUGGUGUGCUUGCCCAAACCAAAGGGAAGCGCAGGGUCUUCCUCAAACAACUACCGUCGGUCUCGCGAAACAUCGAGUCGAGGGAGUGGGCCACCCCCGAACUCGACUUCGACAUCCGAGAUUUCACCAUGGACCCUGCGCAAGAUCUGCUGGUGGCGGUGGAGCAUUAUACAUCGAAUAGCACCGAACACUCUACCCGCAAACAAGAUUGUCUUGUCCACCUCCUCACCCUCUCUGGUGCAAACCAUCCAGCUGCUCCUAAGGGCGCAACCCUCGUCCACCCGCUGAAGCUCGGAGGGUACUCGUACGCCAUCCAAACCUCGCAACAUUUACUGGGCGUCUUGAUUACCAGUGACGAAGCACAGUUUGUGGAACUACUCAUAUGGAACUGGAAAACAGGUGAACGUAAAAUGCAUGUCAUCGCUUCGGAGUUGCCGUCAUUCGCUUUCCUCACCAACAGAUACCUCCUCCUCGCCGUCCUCCCAGUCCAUCCCGAGGACAUCGUCGUCCCGCCCGGCCAAGCCGAUCCCCGCCUCAUGAUCCUCGACCUCGACCGCGCCUCCAGCGAGCCAGUCAUGUUCGCCGACCUCGACUACCUCUGCACGUUCCAAUACCCCGAGUUCUCCCCCAUCUGCACCACGCACUCCGUCACCAUCCGCUCCGACCCCGCCCCGCACUGGACGCCGCACCCGUCCCUCCACGUCCCCUUCCACGUCGCGCACGGGGACCGCCUGUUCGUGAUCACGCUCUGGGUGCUCGAGGCGGGCGGGACCUGGCUCGGGCUGCUCUCGCUCGCGCCGACGGCGACGUUCCUCCGCGCGCUCGGCUCGCUCCCGCCGGGGGAGACCCGCCGGGACUUCCCGUGGGACGAGUGGGGGCUGCACGGCUCGCGGCUGAUCGCGGCGCCGCGGACGCACACGACGGUGUGGGUGUGCUACGUGCACGGGCAGACGUUCGUCCUGCCCCAGCCGGACUCGCAGCGCGCGGUGCUCGCGCUCGACUUCAACCCGCUCGCGGUCCGGCGCUGGCGCGUCGCCGAGGCGGCGGCCGCGGAGGCGCGGGUGAUCGACGAGCUGGCGGUCUUCCGGCCGAAGCGGGUGUUCACGAAGGAGGUGCGCUCGGGGCUGCCGUACGUGCUGCGGCGGUGCCGGCCGUUCGCGGACGGGGAGGAGGGCGAGUUCGACGCGGUGAUGGUCUCGGAGGACUCGCUCGUCACAGUGGCUAGCCAUUCGAGUGUACGGAAGUAUCGGAUUUUGACGUUCUGA